ACUUUUUAAUAAAAUUUUAAAAAACAAUUACGGCUCAAAAUGUGCUGCUUUAAUUCAGACUAAUAUUAUUUGUGUUUCUUUUAUUCUGUAUAAUUCCUACCAGCUCCCAUAUGUAUAAGCUUGACCCUAUUGUUAAAUAUUUUUAAGCUCUUUGUUUAAUGGUUAAUAAACAUGUCGUGCCAAGUGGAAUUAUUUGCCGAUUGUGGAGAUAUUUCUAGCUUAGGACGUGCUCUCUUCAUACCAGAGAAGGAAGAUACCAGUUGGCUGUCUCAAUGCACCGUUUCGCUGUCACCGUGCGGUAACUUGCUGGGCGUGGGCUACCGCAACCGCCUGUGCCUGCUUACUUCUCAGUGGAUCCGCUCAACGGAUCGGAACAGCUACCUGAUAUCAUGGAGUGGCACAAUGCCUGCAAAUAUAACGUCCAUGUUGGCUCUCUCUAUUUGUCCGUCGCAACAUUCGUCCCAGAAUGGACCCGACUGGUUCUGCAUCAUCAUAGGCUUCAACAACGGCAGUGUUGGUUUCUACACCAACACGGGACACCAGUUGUCCCUGGAGAAGCUUGAUGAGACCCCAGUCACGAAGAUAUCCUGCCACACCGGCUCAUAUGGGACACUGCCUGAUGACAUACAUGUGCUGUUCUCAACAUGUGUGUGUAUCUUGACCGGGGCGAGUUUGUUCCAGCUGCUGAGAAAUGCGAAAGCACAACUUGCUAAAGUUCAAGCUGGCAUUCAGGAAACUUAUUCAGUUGACAACAGAGGCCUGGGCGUGAGGAAGUGGAGCUUCACCGAGCAGGAGCAGAUCCACGAUGCAGCGGUGGUGGGGCUGGAGCUGAAGAACUCGUAUGACCAUCUCCUGGCGGCCUCUACCUAUGGGGGAUAUGAUACAUGGUACCGGUCCAUCCCGCCGAUGAACACGCUGAUCCUCGGCGCGGGCACGCGGCCGUUCGUCGGGUUCCACUACGCGUUGGAAGGGGGCACCGCGCCGCCGCUGCAAGACGUAGCGCGCGCGGUUGCGCAUAAGAUAAAAUCUGCGUUGCCCGGCUGGCUGGGCGGCGGCGGCGGCGGCUCGGAGCCCGCGGCGGCGGAGCGGGCCGCGGCGCGUGCGGAGCCGUUGUCGCUGCGCGCCGGCCUCCGGGACAUCUCGCGCGCCGGGACUUCCGUCGUGGUGUCGCCGGACCGGCGGCUGGCCGCGGUGUCGGACGGGCUGGGCCGCGUGGGCGUGCUGGACGUGGCGCGCGGCCACCUCGUGCGCCUUUUCAAGGGCCACAGGGACGCGCAGUGCGCCUUCCUCCAGGUUUUCGAACAAGACAGUAAAAAGCCACAGCUCUCGGUUAUCAAAGAAGUUCGUCGAGCAACAUUCCUGAUCAUCUACAACCCCAAAAAGGGCUUGAUCGACAUCCGGCUCAUGCAGAGAGGCAACCGGGUUGCCGUCUUCACCGCCACCAAAAACGGACAACUCCUCUACAAUACUUGUGGACUUGUAGGCGCGGAGAAAAGUUACACUCACAAGAAACUCAACCUGCCAGAGUUCCAAUGCGUCCUUAUAGACCCUGACGGCAAACUCAAGAAGUUCACAAUACCUUUCUUUUACGCUCUUGAGGGAGAACACUCCGACCGCUCGAAGGACCUGCACAUACUACGCGACCUGCGCGAUUUCGUCAAGAAAAACCUAACCACAGUAGAAAAUUACGAGAACGAUAUCAUCGAGAAAGCGGAGAAACUAAAAACGGUAGAGCUGCAGAAACACUGCUUGGAAAUGUUCGUCCGAAAUUAUGAAAUUCCGCCGAAAAUUGUUAUCUCCUGCCUAACUUUGUUUUGGGAGAAUAUUGAGAAGUUGGAGAAAUUGACGGAGCAGGAAGAAAAAAUAAAGCGGUUUUUCGCUAACCUCGCUUUACUGACGCUGUUCUACAGGAACAUAAACAACGACAACACAGACGACAUGACGGAAUUAAUGAUCAAAAUUUAUUCAUAUUUAAAAAUUGAUUGCAUGGAGGAGCUUAGUGUAGAUGAGAAACAAGCGAACGACGGCCCAGAUUUCCACCUACUAGAAGAUGACAAUUGCAUUUUGGAAAGAUUGCUAAUUCUUUCCCAAGAAAAUGGGUACAAGGAACACCACCCGAGAGUGAAAUUUGCGGAAAGCAAAAGUCACAAGUACAAAGAGCUCGUAUCUUGUUUCCUCGUGGAAGACAGCUCCGGGUAUCUCUCUUUGAAACCAGAAUUACCGCAGGAAAAAAUCAAUACAUUAGCUGCCGAUGUUUUCAAAUCUAUAUUUGAAAUCAAAGAUAUCGCGAAGUUGAGCGACUUUCUCAAAAAAAGCGUUAUCGAUCCGAAAGAUAUAGUUAAACUUGUUAUUAUGCAUUUAAUGAACAUGUCACUAGAAGAAAUAAGUUUAGAUUUGAUAGAAAAACUUAUAACUGUUUUGUAUUACGCCAGCAAGGCGACCGAGGAGGCGACGAAAAUUUCAUACAACGAGAUAUCCCCUUGGUGGCAAAGCAUUCGCGAUCUACUCGUAGACAUGUCCUGUCCAUUAAGGAGCAUGAUCGUGGCCAUGGCCUGCAAGUCUGUGGGCAAGAUAUACGAAAUCAAGUGUUCAGAAGGCGAGGAGGAGGCUUGGGAGUCGCUCACUUCAGAGGACGCGAAAUGGGGCAUGUUGAUCGGAAAACUCGAAGACAUAUCCCUGCUGACCAUCAUUCUCAUGUUCAAAGACACGUUCGACGGGAACGCUCUUCCUAAGCUACAGUUUGACGAUAUAAGCAUAAAUCUGAAGUAUAUUUAUAGCAGAGGAAAGGGGUCGGUUACCGAGCUGAUAGCUAAAUGGUUGUGCAGCAUGGGGGUCGUUCCAGAGGCGGUAGUAGCCAAUGAGCUGAUGGAAAACCGCGCGAGUUCGUACGAGGAUGAAUCUGACGAUGAUAGCGCCUCCUACCCCUUCAUAGAGAACAACCGAGUGCACGUCGAUAAUAACCCGAAAAUUUUCAAAUGGCUCUCGCUUCUGCGCCAACAGUUCCCGCUCAGCACAUCAGCUAAUUAUAUCCUCUCGAACAUGUGCUGGGAAUACGCUAUGGCGUGGCAGAAGGACAUGCAACAGACGGACAAACUUAGCGUCGUCAUCGACUGCUUGAGGAACAUAUCAGAUACACAUCUACGGUUAGGUCUCUUCGCCAUCAUAUGGUCCACAUACAUACGACAUAUCUUCGAAGCGUCAUGUAAAUUGGUCAACAAAGUUGGUAAAAUGCCGAAGGAACCCCUAUGCUUACAAGACGUCGGAUUCGGGAACACGGUGAUGGUGAAAUUCCUCGAAACGACUACCAGAUAUUUGGACGAUUUUCUAAAGUGUUCGAAAUUGCCUAUGGAUCGAGAGAAGCGCGAGAUACAAUUUGAGAAAAUUUGGGAUGAAAGCAACCCGUCUUUAAUGGAAGUCGCACAAGAUACGAAACGAGUUAACGGUGACAUUUUAAGUUUAAACUAUCAGAUAUCUUGCACAAUUUACUAUCAGUGUCACUUCAAUGUAAAGUCGUCGAAACCUUUGGAUACGUUGUACGAUAUUGAUUACCAGUACAUAUUCGAGGCGCUCACAGGGAGCGUUGUGAGCAGAGACAUCAGUAUGAGAGGAUCAGAGAAGUUGCAGAACCCGCGGAUGAAGUUCGUGACGAAGCUGGUCCGCGCGGCUGUAGAGACUGUGACGGCGAGUGACGACCGGGGAGGGUACAACAGCGCCGAGUGCGAGGAGUGGAUGGAAAGGGUGGCCGUGCUGGCAGAGCUGUGGACCAUCGAUGGCGACUUCUUGAAGCGACAACAGGUGGUCGGGUUCUACCAUUUGGGCUACGACACGCUGGCGGUGGAAGCGAUAACGCGGCUGCGCUCGCCGGAGCCGGCGCUGGCGCCGCUGCUGGCCAUCAGCGUGCAGCGCCUCAAGCGCUCCCUCGAGCACUCGCGCGACCAGCCCGAGUGGAUCGUGUGCGUGCCGCCGCAUCUCUACAAGCGGCUGCAGAACACCGUUCUUGACUCGUCUAUACCAGCGCAUCCGUGCUUGGCAACAACAAUCAUUGUGCUGCAGACUAUCCUUAUUCAAUUAGAGAAGAAGACCAAAGAGGGGACAACCGAUUUGCAAAAUAUCAAACUGGCUCAAUUGAUCAUUGAGAGUUGCCAAGUUUUAAUCAGAAAGAAACUGUAAUGAAAUAAAAA